CGUCUGGCCUCUAGUCAUUUGGCUUGAGGCAAUCAUCGAGCAAAGAUCGCCACACUUCCCGCGCAAAUUAAUCGAUCGCGAGAUCGCAUUUGAAUCGAGAAGUUUUCUUGUUUGUGCACAAAAUUCCGCCUUUUUAUAAAUUUUCUACGUUUAUUUCUCAAAAGCAAAUUCCUGUGCGUUUGUGAUUUCUUUUCUGUUUGUUCUGUUGCCUUGGCGAACCAUUAAGAUCGAUUUUAAAGGGAUUAAAAGAAAAUUGUGUUCCUGCUUGUGUUGGCAUUUUCUUGAUCACAUUUUAUCGUAAAAAAAGACUUUUAAAGAAAAGUGAAAAAUUGAAACAAAAAAAAAAGAAUAAACCGGACUUAACGGCUCUGUGAGCAUAAUUUUUGCUGCCGAGAUCAUCGAAGCUUGGAUCGCAGGUGGGAGGCAAUCAGUAGAGGUUGCUUGAAGACAGAAAAAAGUGGAAGGAAGUGAGAAAUUCCUCAGCGGCAUCGCGGGAAUUUUUUUUUGACACAGACCGUGUGAAUUUUCCCGGAAAUGACGGACGUUGAUCAUGAAUUGGGAUCUAUUCGGCAUCUCGUGGAGUCGCCGUUAUCCUCAAAGGUGGCAAUGUUCAAUAAUGUUGCAAACAAACACAAAGAAGCUCAACUCUUGAAUCCCUUCUCAGAUGUUGAUGGCAGAAGAUCACCAAGGCCACAGUUUAGCAAAGAUGAAUACGGAAAACCCGUGGCGGGAAGCUUAACUGAAUUCCGGGGACAGAAGGCCAAUCUUCACGUGUACAGAGAGAUGAUGGAGCUCUGUGAAGUAAUCUACAACAGUGGUGCCCCCAUAUCGCCGGAAGAUGAUAAACUUCGGUAUAUCUUCUUUGGGGAACUCUUCAAUAUUUACGUACACAUUUCGGACAAAGUGGUGGGACUCCUUCUGCGGGCCCGAAAGCACAAAUUAAUCGACUUCGAGGGUGAAGUUCUCUUCCAGCGCCGCGACGACGAUGUUCCCAUUUUUAUGCUGCAGACAAUGGCUCAAAUCCGCGAAUACGUACGCGCCAAGGAAGACGAAGUACGGCGGAGUAUCAGCCCCAAUCCGCAGGCUAUGAUCCAUGGACCAAUGCCGGAAGUGUCCAUGAACUAGACUAUAACCGCUUCCCCGGAAAAUUUAAGAUAAAAAUGACCACGCAUGAAGCAUUUCUUCCGUUACAAUCGCAAAGAAAUCGCUCGAUUCCCAAAAUUUACAGCACAACACAACCAAGUUGCACAUGACGACCAAAUUAUGUAAUUUAACGUACUAUUAGCAAAUUAGAUUUUAUGGAGUCAUUAAUUUAAAAAAAAAAGGAGGAGAAAACAAAUCGAACGUCUUCAAUUUUUUUUUUCUUUUUUAUAGAUCCGUUUAAGUAGGAAAUUUUUAUGUUUCUCGUUUUGUUUGUUUUUUGUCUCUAAAGAAGAUGAAAAAAGAAGCAGCAUAGCGUUUAAGAAUGAGGGAAAUUAAUAGUUUUUUGCAGUAUUAAAGUUUAAUAAUGAGAAAUAGAUGUUUUUUUUUCUUUUCUAUGUAAAAUAAAAUCGUAUAAUGAACUCAA